UAGAUUAGAGUUUAGACUGAAGAGAUAUCAGUUUUGUACCGACUGCUGAAUAAGGUGACUAAAAAAUGUUUCAAAUAGUAAAAUUGCUCCUUGUUCUAUGCCUCAUGGGACAAGUGUAUAACAUGCCUCAGGAUGAGGCAGAGGCUGAGAAAAAUAACGAGGAAGAGGAAAUAUAUGAGGAAGAUAGGAGACCCGAGAAGAAGAUAGAAACUAUUAAAUUGGAAACAACGACAGAAGAAGUGUUCAUCAUCACCGACGUCCCCCAAGAUGAUAUCAUGGUGGCCCUGAACAUAGAUGAUGGAAUCUACUCCACACAAGCGUAUAGGUACAUCAACAGUCAGUACAGCAACGGAAAAGAAGACGAAAGAUGUUACGACGAUUACAUGAAGUGUCUCUCAUCACAGGUAGUGAUGAACAUAGUCUGCGGGUACAACAAUAGGUACCACUACGGCCGGUACACCUUCAACAGCUUCUGCGACUUGUACUUCGACAACUGCAUACGUGGAUGGAGAUAUUGGCGCUUAUUCAAAUAUGGAGAGUGUCCGUCAUACUAUUCGCGACGAUGACCUGAUAAGCCAAUUUGGACUUUAUUGCCUUCACAAUAAGAUCGAAGUACAUCAGCUCGGCGACAGCUUAUAAAGAUCUAAGUACACAUUAAAAGAACAUUAAUCUUCUUAUUAUAAAAUAAAAUUGUUUACCUUUCGCCGUAGUAAAACUUCGGACUUGAGACAAAGAAUAAAUAUUAAUGUAGAGACUUAGAGAGGCUAGCACAAAAUAGAAUUAUUUGUACCUAAAUCCUGGCAAAAUUUUAAAAUUAAGGGGAUU